CGGCCGAUAAUUGUUUAAUUCCAAAUCAGGACAUUUUAGCGACUCCAAUUGCUCAGUGUUUAAUUCCCGCUAUUUAAACGCCACAAUAGAGGGAGAAAUAAGAGAGAGAGAGUGACUGAGCGAGAGGAAAGCGCUCUGUGUUUCAAAAAAAAAGGCAGGCGAAUUAAGAAACGCUAGAAAACGAGAAGAUCAGCGACCGAGGUUUCGAAACGGGAGGUUUGUUUUUGUUUGUUUCGGAGAUUGUGAAACGGCAGCGUUUUUGCGAUGGCGGAGCAUAAGGAGGAAGUGAAGGCGGCGGAGUCUAUGAUGGGUAAGAUAGCGGACAAGAUCCACGGCCACGAUUCGCCAGUGUCGCCGGCGUUGGAGUCGCUGCACGGGAAGGCCGAGAAGGCCGUCAGCAGCGACCACGCGGCGUCGUUGAAGGCCAAGGCUUACAAGCUCUUUGGGAGGGAGAAGCCCGUGCACAACGUCUUCGGCGGUGGAAGAGCGGCUGAUGUUUUCCUGUGGAGGGACAAGAAGGGAUCGGCAGGUGUUCUUAUUGCGAUAACGAUCAUAUGGGUUUUCUUUGAAUUGCUUGGAUACCACCUGCUGACUCUGCUCGCCCACUGCUUGAUUCUUGGCCUUGCUAUGUUGUUCUUAUGGUCCAACGCUUCAACCUUCAUUAACAAGUCUCCACCACGCUUUCCAAAAGUUCAAAUUCCAGAGAAGCCGGUUCUACAGAUUGCGUCUGCAAUUACAAUUGAGAUUAACCGGGCUUUUGUUAUCCUGCGAGAGAUUGCCUCAGGGAAGGAUCUGAAGCAGUUCCUCUCUGUGAUUGCUGGCUUGUGGGUUUUGUCUAUCCUGGGGAAGCGGUACAACUUCUUGACCUUGGUCUACAUAGUUGUUGUUUUGCUCUUCACGCUGCCUGUAUUCUAUGAGAAAUAUGACGACCAGGUGGAUGCAUUGGCAGAGAAGGCAAUGAUAGAGAUCAAGAAGCAGUAUGCAGUGUUUGAUGCAAAGGUCCUAAGUAAAGUUCCUAAGGGGCAAAUGAAGGACAAGAAGACUUAGACUGGCUGCCGUGCGGGUGGUUCUAUUUGCUGACAUAUAUUUGGUAGCUAUGUUUCACCAGGGUGUUUUUCACACUUAAUCCAUGAUUGGCUAGGAUCCUCCUAUCCAUAUUCUAGUUCUCGAGUCCCUUGGAUUCACAAUGUGGAUGAUUUUGUGGUUGUUUUUUUGUUCUUUUUUUAAACUUGUUUUUGCUACAUUUAUGAUAUUUGUGUGUAACUUUCAUGGAUGUUUUGUUGUGUGACCUGGUGAUCAUGCUAGUAGAUUUCAAAUUAAUGAUUAUUUUGUAAAUUGGGUUUCAAUUUCAA